UCUCUUUCGAAGCAAGGAUCUAUCGACUAAAUAUUGAAAAAUACACUAGAAAGCCUGGAAUUGCACAAUCAUUUGUGAUACUCAUAUUUCACACCAUGCCAUCUCGAUCGAGAGGUCGUCAUGAUCAGUACGACGACGAUCCAUACGUCUUCGACGACCCCUACCGCAAUUCAAAUUCGCCUAUUGGAAAUGCGCAUUACGAAUACGUCGGCACCGAGGAACCCUCCGUGGUAUCUAAUAAGUCUCGCCGACCCCGAUCUUCGAAUCCAGACCCUUAUCUGCGACCAAACCAACCUAGAAGAGAUUCCAGAACAGAAAGCCCACCACGGCGCUCUGGACGCCAGAGAGCAUAUACACAACCAGAAAAGCCCGAUAGAAAAUCACCACCUAGAGCUUCGCGACACAACUCCCCGCGUCGAACCAGCAGCAAAAAGGCGCCCCAGAACAAAUACCAAGAAUUCAGCGAACGACCGGCUGUGAAACGCACCAAAUCUAUUGGCCAAUCCGGCCUCAAAUUCAUCAGCGAAGCAGCCGCACUAUACGCCGCGACACAAGGCGGUUCAGGCGAUCGCGAGCGCUCUCCAAGUCGCGACCGUCCUCGCAGCUCACACCACGCUUCAGAACCCCGCCGUCACCAUCACCAUCGCCGGCACUCUCCCAGCCCGUCUCCAGACCCGCCCAUGCGACGCCAGAGAGCGUACAGCGACGACACGCGGCGGCACCGCAGACACCGAUCGCCCUCGGUAAGCGACGAGUCGGACUACGACCGCGACCGCGGCCGGCGGCACCGGCGCUCGCGCGCGAGCUCCUCGCACGCGUACAGCCCGUCUCCCGCGCCGCGUCGCCGCAACGCGAAAUCCGCCUCCUCGACCUAUCGCUCCAAGCCAUCGUCCAAGUACCCCGAGGAGGCCACGGCCGAGCGAUGGCAGAUGGCGGCGCGCGCGGCCCUCGAGGCGGGAGGGCUGACCGCCUUCCGGCUGCGCAAGGACCCGGGGAGCUGGACGGGCGAGAAGGGGGCUAAGGUCGCGACGGCGGCGCUGGGGGCCGCGGCUAUCGACGCGUUUAUUGAUAAGGAUCCGCGCCGCGCGAAGACGAGCGGGGUUAAGGGUUUCGCGGAGAAUACUAUUAGUAGCUUGAUUGCGUCGAAGUUGAUGGGGGUUAAGGGGCCGACUAAUCGGAAGGGGAAGUCGAGGUAUUAAUUAGGGUUGGAGGAGGGGUAGGGGGGUUGGUGGAUGGAUUUCUGUUGUUGCUGUAUACCUACCCCUGCCUGCCUACCUUCCUAGCUAUGCAGGUAGGGUGUACGGUGUUUGAAGUGAUACCUACCGGAUAUUUUCCCCGCAUUUAGGGUUGGGGGCGGAAGAUUGAUGACAGAUUGACGCUCAUGAGAGAAUGGGUAGGAUGAGUAUGGUAAACGGGAUCGGCUUCAUGUCGCCACGACGUUACGACUGCCUUUUCUUGUAUACGAUAAAAGUUAGACGGAUAGCAUCCCAGGUGUUUCUGGUUGGGUACUCGACUCAGUCUCAGGAUUUAUGAGGUUAUUAGUUAGAGUCUUUAUACUAGCUUUUUCGUGAGCUUUAUCGUCGAUCUGGGCUUACCUAGUAGGCAGUUGUGCGAUUUAUCCUAUCUCUCUAACUUGUGUGCUGUAAAUCUGGGGGAUUCAUGUGGGCGGGUACGUUAGCGAUAGUAUAUGUAGGGUGGGUGACUAUUGAAUAUUAUAUGACGAUAUCCCAAG